AGACUGUGAGCAGGAGACAUGCGCAGUGAGUUCCUCUCAGAAUGCUUCUUGUAGCUGUAGCAGGACUUCCAGUGAGAGUUGUUAGCUACUAGCUCUCACUGUGUUCUAUGUAGUCAAUCGAUGUGUGAUACCAUACUCCGCUCUCAACGUUUUCCAAGCUGCUGGCGUUUGGAAUACCACGAGGCACGAUAAUCGUGUUACCGCCAACUUUUAUCCUUACGUUCCGACAUAAUUGGCCGUUAAUUUUUGGAUCAGGACAAAUCGUAAAGAAGCAUCACCAACCUCAUGUAAUUACAGAUGCCCAUUGUGAAGAGAGCACCCAUUGGCGGGCCCUGAGGCAGGAGAAGGCACUGCUAUCAGCUGUGGUGUUUACCUUUCUAGCAAGAGCCCCUCCAUUCAUUAGUUCGUGUUGACAUUCAACUUGUGGAACUUUCUCUACAACUAUUGAAGUCCUUCCUGCAAGGAAUAUUUCGAAAAUGCUUGGUGGAAAUUGAUCAUGACGGGCCCAGCUAUAAAGAAUAGGAGAAGAAAGAGAAAAAUCAAUUGUUCCAAAAUUACGAUUUAAAUUCAAUUUGGAUUCCCUCAGACGUUUAAGUCUGGAUAUAUUCAGUAGUUUGGACGUUUUGACCUUCCCGAGAAGACACAAGUGUCUAAUGCUGGGUUCCUGUUCCACUGUCUCAUGGGAGUUCCCGAUUCCUCCAAUAAAGUCUAGUUAUCUCGAACGGAAUUCAAGUCAGCAACCAACGCAGAUCCGAGAGUGAGGCGAUAUUGUGAAUGGCUGGAUUCUAAUGUCAGUGACUCUCAAUAUAGUGUGUGAUUGAAACCAGCAGAAUUGGACAUUUUGUUAUAUGUCCUGUAUCAGAUUAUAUUUCUGAUAGGUUCUGGGCAGCCCAAAGGAUAUUUCCAUCUGAUUGAUACAUCCCUCCUACUGCAUCAUUGCUUGCUAUGGAGUCAGUGAAUGAAGAAGGGUAUGCCAGUGCGACAUUACAAGCACCGUUGUAGCAGAUAUGGUUCCGUGUUGUUUUCUGGGAUACUGUUAUAAGAAGCAAGAAAGUUCACCAGAACAAAGAUAGGAAGCAAAGUGGAUUCCCACAGAAUCACCGAUAAGAUGGCGAACGAUAAUGAGUGAUGACUGACAGACGAGUCUCUGAAAAGUUACCACGGUGACACCUGCACCAGCCCAGUAUGGAGGAUGGGAGUGCUCAGGCCCUCGAAGUCAUCAUUAGUCAGAGCGAUCAGUUUGGCUUCUUCCAGAAACGUACCUUCAUCGCCACAAGUUUCCUACAAGCAAUAACAAUCUCCGUUCUUGUGUACACGUGUGUGGCCACCCCGGAACCCUCCACCGAUGACCCGUGUACAGUGGCCAGUACUAAUGGGGCGGAGCCGCUCAAUGAGACAUUUACAUCCUUCAAUCAAACAGUUUCUGUGGCAUCCACAAACAUUGCUCACACAAGCAAGGCAUGUUCCUCCACGGAUACCGGCAGCUUUAUAUUCAUCCUGACCCUUCAUGUGCCAAAGUGGUUGCGUCCCCUGGACGGCUUGACCUUGUCUGAGUACACCGUAUUCGGCCAAGUAUCGGGUGUAAUCCUAGGAUCUCUGAUUGGAGCGUUCUUUGGCGAUGUGUACGGCCGGAGAAAACCUAUGUUCGUGUGCUUUAUAUUGAUGCUCGUCUUCCAUAUUCUGACGGGAGUAGCUGUCUCCUGGCCGGUCUUCGUUGUCUUCCGUAUCAUUGUGGGCCUGGCAGCAGGAGCAUUCCUCGUAGUGAGCGUGGUGAUGCCGAUGGAGUGUAUUGGGCAGGACUGGCGGGACGUGUGUAUCUGUUCAGGGAUGUGGACAAUGGGUGUGGUCUUUCUCUCCCUAGAGACGCUCAUUACGGAGAACUGGCGGUAUCUAGCAUUUCUAUCUGGCGCCAUCGGAACCCCAUUUAUAGGAACAUAUUACCUUGUGCCAGAAAGUGCUAGAUGGUUGCUAUGCCAACAACGCUUCAAAUCAUCAGAAUCGGGAAUUAGGGAAAUGAUAUCUUGUAAUGAGCACGCGGUGCCGGGAGUGACGUCACUUCUGGACAAAGCAAGGGCUUCUGUUGUCGGGCACAUGCAUCACAAGAAAUACACAUACUUAGACUUGUGUCAUUCCGUCGAUCGUAUCAAGUGGACUAUAGCCUUAGUGUACGUAUGCUUGGUCGCUUCGACUGUAUAUUUUUGCCUUGCUGAGAAAACACGGAGAAUAACUGAGAACGCAUAUGUAGAUAGAUUCCUUCCAUACAUCGUCGACCUUCCGCUUACCUGGUCGGCAGUCGUUGUAAAUAAAUGCCUUGGGCGACGCUGGUGUCUGUUUUUAUAUGCUGUGGCGUCCGGAUUCGCGUCUCUAUCCAUCAUCGUCCUUGACAUGACUGGUAAUCUGCAGUCCAUGCCAAAUAUGAUGAAAGGGUUGGCAAUAUUUGGCAAACUCGGGGUGACCGCGACUCUCUCCAUCAUCGCCAUUUCAGCUGUAGAGAUGUUUCCCACUGUUAUACGAUGUAUGGGCACAGCGACUGCUUUGCUAUCUGCAGCGGCCGGUGCAAUUAUGUCGAAACAAUUCAAGUUUUUGCGGGUUUUCCAGGAGGUGCAGGAUGAAAACCACUACACAGUGCCUUUCCUGGUGUAUGGCGGUAUGAUGGUCACAGUCGGCUUCGCUGCCCUCUUCCUGCCAGAGACACUAGGGCGUCCACUUCCAAAUAUCCUGCCCUGUCGUCAUCGAAAGAUUCCAUUACAAGAAGGAACAAGGCUUGUGAAUACGUGGGAUAACUUGUAGCUAUUUGCAAUGGGAGACAUUUGUGGGAAACUGACGAGUAAAGGAUUACUAUUUUUAAAUGUUGAUGUCAUGUUGGAUUACAUUACAUUGCGGUGAGUGUGUCAGUAUGGCGAUAAUGAAACAUUUCUUUCAAUGAUAUUGCAUCGAAAUUAGCAUAUUAGUAUUCUUAACUGUUGAUGAGAUUGAUGUCAACAACAACCACUAAAACAAACCUAUCUUGUAUUCGAUGAUGUUGGAUGAAGUCUUGAGGGAUAACAUGAACAGAUAAGUACGUAUUCAACACAUAGUUUGGCUGUUCCGACUGUUUUUGAAGGGUUAUGAAUAUGAAACUUGAAGACUAAAUAAACUACUGAUUGGGGAUGUGAGAAAAUAUAGAUCAUGUAAUGUUUGUAAAGAUGUGGAAAGGUACGAUUAGUGUACGCAUGAAAAAGAACACAAAAGAGUAGGCUUUGUCCAGUACGAUGACCAGAGGGAGUAAAGUUAUUACAAGUCGGCUGGCAAUUGAGUAUUACAAAUUGGGUGGCAAGUAAGAAACAGGACUAAUGGCAAUACCGUCUGUAAUACUUCCACUGCCAAUGCCCAGAACUGAUUCUACCAUCCCCGGGGGACAUCACGGUAAAACAGCUUCAAAUGAUAUCGAUACAUUUCAGAAAUACGAUUCUAAUACAGCUGUAGACAUAUCUAUACGUAUAUACAUCACCGACAUACCAGUUAACCGACAAAUACGUAAGUAGCAUAUCUCAGUUUAUGUUAACAUGAUAUCGCUAUCUUGUCUUCAGGUCUGGGGCGGAAUAAGCCAAGUUGAUCCAAGCUGCCACGUUAUCACCUAAGCUCCGUACAACGACGGUUGUACACUUCACAUGUAGGCAUUACUGUCAACAAUGUCAGGAAACACUAGAUAAACUACCAACUGGGUAUUUGGUUACACUAUUGCUAUGGACGAAUAAACAGUUAUAUUUCUUUCUAAAA